AUGCACGGACAGAACCAUGCACCGCUCCUCGAAGACAUCGUGGAAGAAGCGGACCGAGCGCGAUCAGUCAGUGCUUUGGACCCGCUGUCAAGUCAGUACAGGUCCCGCAAGGUUAUCGCAUUCGAGAAGGACGAUGCAUUCUUGAAGACAUGCGGUUAUGUUGUAGAUACAAUAUCAGAGGUCGUGGAGGAUCCUCAGGCGCAAACAGGGUUCAACUACAUGAUGAGCGUAGAUGCGUCAACGCGCUUGAUCAGCAAUCCUAUACACGCUGCGAAUGUGGACGUUUACGCUCGCAGUCUCCUUCUAGCUCGUCGUACAGCUCAUUGCACAAAUGAUAGUAUCGAGAGUAUACCCCCCGAGUAUUUGAUGACUCUGCUUUGCGAUACCAGACUUUCUAGGAAAGCAACUACCGCUUACGAGGAUGCUUGGGCUGUACUCACCGAUCGAGAACACAACAAUUUCGAAGGACUCUUCGCCGAGCGGCGAUUGCGGGCGAUCACAUUCUAUAACAGACUGUUGAACCUUCCUGGCCAUUCCUUCUUCAGUACCGCUAGCGGUCGAUUUGGUAUCACGACAGCAGGAUGCAAGCCCGGUGAUAAAAUUUGUGUCUUCUACGGCGAAGAUCCUCUUCACAUACUACGAUGGCCGGAACCCCAGAGAGAGAAUAACGAAAUCCAUGGCGAAGGCCCCGCUGAGUUCUGUGGUGUCGCAUUCAUCCCUCAUCUAAUGAAGCCACACGAGCAAGAAGCGGCUCGACUUGGACCAGACGAGAUCUUCAUUAUUGGGUGA